AAUGCCUGAGUACUGCGUGACUGGGGGCUCUGGUUUCAUAGCUUCUUACAUCGUGAAGGCUUUGUUAGAUAAUGGCCACACAGUGAGGACCACCGUCAGAAACCCAGAGGAUGUGGAAAAGGUAGGGUUUUUAUGGGAACUGAGAGGAGCCAGAGAGAGGCUGAAGAUGUUGAGAGCUGAACUGUUGGAAGAAGGAAGCUUCGAUGAGGCUAUACAAGGUGUUGAUGGUGUCUUCCAUACAGCUGCUCCUGUCAUUGUCAACUUCAAUGACGACGUUCAGAAAACUUUAAUAGAUCCAACAGUGAAAGGAGCUGUGAAUGUGGUGAAGUCGUGCAUAAGAGCAAAGGUGAAAAGAGUGGUUUUGACCUCUUCUUGUUCAGCCAUAAGAUACCGAGACGAUGCACAACAAGUUUCUCCUCUUAACGAAUCACAUUGGAGUGAUCUAGAAUACUGCAAGCGUUACAAUCUUUGGUAUGCAUAUGCAAAGACUGUGGCAGAGAGAGAGGCAUGGAAGGUGGCAAAGCAAAGUGAGAUAGAUAUGGUGGUUGUGAAUCCGUCUUUCGUUGUUGGUCCUCUGCUUGCACCACACCCUACCAGUACCUUGCUCCUAUUACUCGCCAUUAUCAAAGGUUCGAGAGGAGAAUAUCCGAACCAAGCAAUAGGAUUUGUGCACAUAGACGACGUCGUCUCAGCUCACUUGAUAGCAAUGCAGCAACCAAAGGCAAGUGGCAGACUUGUGUGUUCAGGCUCUGUCGCUCACUGGUCACAAAUCAUCCACAUGCUUCGCCGAGCAUUUCCUUCUUACCCUUACGAACACACGUGCAACAAUCAGGAAGGAGAUAACAUCCCACAUAGCAUGGACACCACUAAGAUUGCUGAAUUAGGGCUUCCAACAUUCAAAACCCUGCAAGAGAUGCUCCAUGACUGCAUCAAGAGCUUCCAACACAAGGGCUUUCUCUGAACUUGCUUUUGCUUUUCUAUGAAGUUACUUAUAAACUCUAAAUAUAUCACCAAAUUUGUUCCUUCCACUCAUUUUUCUUUCAUUUGGAGUCAACAAUGGCGGCCUUAACUUGUUCCUUUAUAUCAUGGUGUCUAAUUUUUCUCGUAUUCUCAAUUAUGAGGACAUGUUCUUCAAAAGAUAUGGAGUCAAAAACGUAUCAA